AUGUACAACAACUUAUUUAUUGACAAAAGUGCUGAUGAGUCUUGGACUUUCCUAAUCGAAGUUGCUGAAAAGACUCAACAGUGGGAGUCCAUUUGUGAACCUAGAAAGACUGUCCCUGUAGCUAAUGUUCAGAGGAUUGAGUCCGACUUUGAGGGAAAUGCGAAAAUCGCAUCGUUGGCAAGGAAACUAGAAGCGCUAGAGCUGCAGAAGAAUGUGAAACCUUCUGCCACUACUCUCCGUGACCAUGUAGUGCACAGUUGCCCAGAAAUACUUGUAUUUCAGGAAUCUAGACCUGAACAGGCCCAUGUUUUGUAUCAAAAGCAAGAACAUAACUGUUAG